GGGGGACGGGGGCUUUUGAUCACGCUGCGAUCCCGGUGAUGUCCUAUCUCUCGCUCCGCUACGUUGGUAUCCAGAGCGAUCGAUGGAGACGUAGUCUUUGGAGCUGAGAGGACCUGCUGACUGCGGAGGCUCCAGUACUAUUUUGUUCCAUUUUUAUGGCAUAAAAAUGAAUGUAUUUCAAGAGGAUUAACUGAAAAAACUAAGACAAUGGGAAAUUCGUACGCUGGGCAACUUAAAUCAGCCCGUUUUGAAGAGGCUCUUCACAAUAGAAUAGAAGCAUCUCUUCGCUCCAACAGUGUUUCUCCUCGACCAAUCUUCUCUCAGUUGUAUCUGGAGUCAGACAACCCAUCUCUCUCCCCUGAAGAUGUCAAACCAAAGGUAGAGGAACUUGAUAAAGAAAUCGAGGUCCAUCGAUAUACACAGAGCAGCUCCUCAGGAUUUCCUGCUGUACAGGUUGGCAAUGGUUUGGAUAAUGAAGAUGAGGAGGAGGAAGAGGACAUGUCUGAUUCAAACAGUCCACCUAUUGCAUACAUGCAGAAGCAAGCUCCAGAGGGGUCCUGCACAACAGAUGGCUUUUGCCAGGCUGGCAAAGACUUGCGUCUGGUAGCUCUCUCCAUGGAACAAAUCGAGAUUCCAUCAGGCUUCGUGUUGGUCGGAGCCAAGUCCCCAAAUCUCCACGAGCACAUUCUGAUCUGCGCAGUAGACAAAAGAUUCCUGCCAGACGAUAAUGGGAAGAAUGCACUUUUAGGAUUUUCGGGAAACUGCGUGGGCUGCGGGGAGAAAGGAUUUCGCUAUUUCACAGAGUUUUCCAAUCACAUCAACUUAAAGCUAACCACCCAGCCAAAGAAGCAGAAGCACUUAAAGUAUUACUUGGUCAAAAACUCCCAAGGUGUUCUCUCAAAGGGACCAUUGAUUUGCUGGAAAGAGUGCAGAACCCGCCAGUCACCCAGCAGUUACUCCUCUGCUGUGACCCCUGUCAAACCAGUGACCACAGUCUUUGGUUCUACGUCGCCAUGUCCAAACUCGGAGAUCAUCUCGUCCAGUGGAUCAAGCACUGCAGUCGCCAGCUCUCAGACAGAAUCAUCAAUGAAUCCAGCACCUUCUACUGCCAGUUACCCUGGAUGUCAGGACCUGUCUAGGAAUGCCAACAUAGCAAAACCUCUGGCCUUGCCUGCACAGCACCUUGGUAAACCUCCAGUAACAGUUCUGUGUGCGAACGGCCAGCCGUCUGGAUCUGUGCGGAUCAAUGGUAACACCAGUGGUACCAGCAAUGGAGGAAGAGCCAACAUCUUUAGUGCUGCUUUGCCUCGACCUCAGCCUCUUGCAGCUUCACCAAGCUCCAGCUUUGCCUCAGGAGACAACACCAUCAUGACAAGCUCUGGACCACCUAAGAAACGGCAUCGAGGCUGGUCUCCUGGCUCCCCAGUCUCUACACCUGCAGUGGCCCCUGUUCCACCUCUUCGACCAGUGACCAGAGCUGAUGCUUUGCUAUCCAUUCCCGUUUCCCAGUCGAUGACAGCUGGAGUCUUGCAGCCUCAAGCCAUCCCUGCAGGAGAGACUGUCAUCAUCCCUGAAAAUUUGUUAAAUAACUCUGGAGUCAGACCUGUCAUCUUAAUAGGUUAUGGCACUUUACCAUAUUUUUAUGGCAAUGUUGGUGAUAUUGUCGUAAGCCCUUUGCUUGUAAACUGUUACAAGUUUCCACAGCUGACUUCGGUUGAGCUGGAACAGCUGGGGGUUUCCAGCAACCAUCUCCUAACAGUGGAGAACAUGAUCCUCUUGACGAUACAAUACCUGACUCGUCUUGGUCCAGACCAAAUGCCUCUCCGGGAGGAGUUUGAACAGAUCUUGUUGAAAGCUAUGCAAGACUCAAGCCUUAAGGAUCGAUCUUCACACCUGAGUGUUCCAUGCUGCACGGUGUCCCCGGCCCAGCUCCCCUGGUUUGCUAGACUGGCGGCCAGUGUCUCACGAGACUCAGUGCAAAUAGUUUUCACCCAGAACUCACUGGCCGAAGGCAUUUCUGAGACCUUAAGAACAUUUGGGGAUAUACACCCACAACAGAAAGUACCUAACUAUGUUGUAGUCAUUUGUACAUCAAAGCUGAGAGGCAAUGAGUUCUGUAUGGUGGUUUUAGGUCCAUAUCAGUCCAGAGUGCUGGCAGAGAGCAUGCUCACCACCACUGAGUUUUUGAAGGAAAUCAGUUAUGAAUUGAUCACUGGAAAAGUCAGUAUUUUGGCAUCUCACUUCAAAAUUUCUCCUUUUGGUGAUAAUUUGGACAAAUUCUUGGAUAGAUUUCAGCAAAGUCGGAAUGAUAAUGUUGCUGUUCCAUUCAAUGGGAAUGUAACUGACUACAUCACAUCAGACGAAGCCGCAGCAAUGUUACCAACGCAGGGCAUAGAUAAGUUUGCGGAAGUGUUCCAGAUUUAUCCAUCUCAGCUAACCAUUGCCCGGAAAUUGUUAUCUCAAGUGUGUUCCAUAGCAGACUCUGGAACACAGAGUCUGGAUCUCGGACGUUUUGGCAAGGUCGAUUUCAUUAUUUUAGUACCACCUUCAGAGAUUCUUUUCCAUCAGACUUUGCAAUGGAUUCGGCAGUCAGGAGUGCUGGUUGACUUGGGUCUUGAGGAGAAUGGGUUAGCCUUCCAAAAAGCCGAUAAAUACAUUGUUCGAUUAGACAAUGACAUUCAAAACAAGUUUGAGGUGUUUAUGAAGAAGGUGAAGCAGAAUCCUUACACCCUCUUUGUUCUCAUUCACGACAACUCUCAUGUCGAUUUCACUAGUCUUGUUUCAGGUUCUGCUUCACAUGGAGAAUCCAGUCAAGGACUGUUGGACAAGUUGAUUAACUCCCGUGAAGCCCUUGAAGCCUGCAACUUGCUUGUGUUGCAGAUCAGUUCCUUUCCCUUCACUUUACAGACACAUCAGUCCCGUAUUAGUUCCUAUAAUGAAGUGCACUGGAUUCUUUCCAACACUCCUGAGGAGGUUGGCGUUGAGGAGAUGGUGUACUUUGGUUUAUCUGAUUAUAGCAAGUCCUUGCAGUGGGGAGUCACCAGCCCCAUCCUGAGAUGUGAUGAGGCUUUUGAAAGAAUGGUCAAUACCUUAAUGGGAAGGUACCCCAGAUUACACAGUAUGGUCAUCCGCUGUUACCUGCUUAUUCAGCAAUAUGCUGAAGCUAUGAUGGCUGUCACAUCCAUGAACGUGCUGAGAGAACACACCACCCCUGAAACUCUCAGCAUCAUGGACGACCUGAUCAGCUCUCCAGGAAAGGAUAAGAUUGGACGUGGACAUAUGCUUUUGAUCCGGGUUCCGUCUUUGCAGCUAGCAAUGCUCGCCAAAGAGCGGCUGCAGGAAGUUCGAGAUAAACUGGGUCUGCAGUAUCGCUUUGAGGUGAUUCUGGGCAAUCCUGCCGCAGAACUCAGUGUCGCGAAACACUUUGUUACCCGAAUGAAGGCCUGGCGAGAGUGUGAGCAGGAGGAUUGGAUCCCAAUCACCUAUCAAGAUUUGGAAGGUCUGCCAUGUAUUGUAAUCUUAACUGGUAAAGAUCCACUUGGCGAAUCAUUUCCAAGGUCUAUGAAGUACUGUGACCUGAGACUAAUUGACUCCAGCUACCUUACACGCACCACCCUGGAGCAGGAGAUAGGCAUUGCUUGUGGCUAUGUCUCAAAAGGUGCCGUCAGAGAAACAGUGGUAGUUCUCGAGGAAAAGGAGCAAGAAAAAGUUCAUAUCAGUGAGAACGAAUCUGAUGAGCUGCAGAUUGAUCUGGAGAGGCCCCAGAGUAACAGCAGCGCGAUCACUGGAACCUCAGGUUCAGUAGUGGAGAAUGGAGUGAGCUCCACCAGCGCAGUGGACGCAUCGCAGAGGCCGACCUCAUCCCUCAGCUUUCAGAACAUUGUGAUCUGCUCGAGUGAUGAGGGCAUGUCUGCACACACCUCGGCCAGCGUGGCCAGCGAGGGCUGCAAACAGGAGUGCGACUCGGAACUGAAGGAAACAGCAAGCACCAGCACAGUCUCAAAAUCCUCCUUAUCCUCCCGGAUUUCCAGGCAAUCAAACGUAACUAGCAAGGAGUUCAAGCCCACCCACCUGGUUUCUCCAAGAACUGUCAUAUUGUCAAAGGCCGCGUAUUAUCUCCUUGGCUCAGAAAAAAACACACACUUGUGUUCUGCUGCUCUGUUGCCUCACGCUGAUGUGGGUUGGUCCAGCUCACUGAGGCCUCUUUUCCACAAAGACAUGAACAGUGAAGAGCAGUCACUUUAUUACAGACAGUGGACGUUUGCCAGGCAGCACCAUGCAGACUUCAGCAACAAGAGCGAAGGAAAUCUUGCAAAUUUCCAUCGGCGAAGGUUGUUAUUAGUAGGGCCACCUCAGGUGGGGAAGACUGGAGCUUACCUGCAGUUCCUUAGAAUUCUCUUCCGCAUGCUGAUAAGGUUACUCGAGGUGGAUGUGUACAAUGAAGAGGAAAUUAAUGAGGAGCUAACGGAGAAGAGUGAGCAUGUGCAAGAAGUUAAUGCACAGUGGCCUGACAUUGAACUCUUCAGCAAAAUGACGUUUGACCUGACUGUGCAUAAUCCAAGAUAUCGCUACAUCAGUUCAGUAUACACAGACAAACAGCCAAAAGUUAAACUAGAAAGCAGUAAAGAACGCACCCAAGGCGAUGGAUUGACAAAACGAGAGACUGUGUCUAUUAUGCUAACCAAGUACGCUGCAUACAACACGUUCCAUCACUGUGAGCACUGCCAUCAUUAUAUAGACUUCAACCCUGCUGUACAGGUGUCUGACUCCACACUACAUGCGUUCACCUUUUCUUCUUCCAUGUUGGGAGAUGAGGUACAGCUUCAUUUCAUCAUCCCCAAGUCAAAAGAGCAGCAUUUUGUCUUCAGCAAGCAGGGUAAACACUUGGAGAGCAUGCGGCUGCCUCUAGUCAUAGAUAAGAAUCCAAGUUUAGUGAAGAGUCCUAUCUUUACACCUACCACAGGGCGGCAUGAGCACGGCCUUCUGAACCUCUACCAUGCCAUAGAGGGUGCAAACCACCUUCAUGUCCUCGUAGUUAAAGAAUACGAAAUGCCUCUCUACCGAAAAUACUGGCCUAACCAUAUCAUGUUGGUAUUGCCAGGCAUGUUCAAUGGUGCAGGGGUUGGCACUGCCCGUUUUCUAAUCAAAGAGCUGUCAUAUCACAAUCUGGAGCUGGAACGAAACCGUCAAGAGGAGACUGGCGUCAAACGGCAAUGCGUGUGGCCCUUUAUACUUAUCAUUGAUGAUUGUUGUGUCCUGUGGAAUGUUCACAACGUGGAGGAACCGAGCAGUGAAACAAUGGAGGCAACUGUGUCCACAAAGAAUGUUUCCUUAAAGACCAUCCUCCAGCAUAUUGAGGCCACCCCGAAAAUCACACAUUAUGCACUUUGUGGGAUUCAGAAGUGGAACAGCAGACUGAAUACUGGCAGACUGAGGAGCCCCUUUUCUCAGUGUCACAUACAUGAUUUCAUAUUGCUGAAUGUUGAUCUGACACAGAAUGUGCAGUAUGACCUCAACAGGUACACCUGUGAAGAUAUUGACUUCAACUUACGGACGAACAGCAGCGGUUUGCUCAUAUGUCGAUUCAAUCACUUUAGCCUUAUGAAGAAACACAUCCAAGUGGGGGGACAUAAAGACUUUGUGAUAAAAGCCAAGCUGAUGGUGAGCGACAGCCUGAAUAUGAUUUCAGCCUCACAGUACGUCUGUGCUCCGGACAGUGAGAGCACCCUCUUAGCUGCUCCUGCCCAGUUCCUUCUAGAGAAGUUCCUACAACAAGCCAGCUACAAGCUCUUUCCUAAGGCUGUGUGCAACAACAAGAACCCAGUCUUGGCCAUUGAUACCUACUUAAACCUGGGACCUGAGGUUUCCCUCUGUUAUAUAAGUUCCCGUCCUCACUCAGUGAACAUAGCCUAUGAGGAGGUGUUAUUUGGUGGACUUCUCCUUUACCUCUGUGACUCCUUUGUUGUGGCUGAUCUCCUCAAGAAAUUUACUUUUCUUAAAGGUGCCACCCUUUGUGUCAUUUGCCAAGAUCGAAGCUCACUUCGACAGACGAUCGUUCGUUUGGAGCUAGAAGAUGAAUGGCAGUUCCGGCUCCGUGAUGAGUUCCAAACAGCCAGUAGCAGUGAUGACAAGCCACUUUAUUUUCUUACUGGACGGCAUAUUUAAACUCACAUGGAUGGCAAGAAAAGUCAAAGAAGGUGAUGGGUCGAUGGGAAGAGGGCAAAAGUGGCACAAUUGUGCAGCAAAAAUCAGCAUUUGGUUGGGCGGUCUGACCAUGGUCACUUUAACAAGCAAUCAUAUCAGAACAGAGAGGAUGCCUUUGGGAUUAAAAUGGGAUCCAUUCUAAUUUCAGUUUUUUUUCCAAUAACUCCAGAGGAGAGUGCACUGUGCAAUUUGUGAGGAAGGGCUUUUCCUACAAACACGGUGCAUCAACCUAUUGAGUGUGCCGGAAGAAAGCAGAGUAAAGCUAUAGAGUGUUGCAUAUAUGUCUGGUUUUGACUCUCACUGCCCAUUUCCAAAUUAGGUUCUUGUGCCCAAUGAUGCCAAAACAAAAGUUGACCUGAAUCAAAAGAAAGGUGAACUGCUAUUGAGUGAAACACUUCACUGAAUGGAACCAAAACAGUGGAGUGAAGACAAUUGAAGAUUGUAUGUUGAAGAUUCUCCGUCACUAUUCAGACUGUACCUAGUUACAGUUAAACUCAGGGGUUUACAAUUAUGUGACAAUGGAGAGGUUGCCUGUAAUCAUAUUACCAAUUCUACUAACUUUUUUGUAGUAUAUGGCUGCGUACCUAUUUGUUGUGUAGUACUUAAUCUCACAAAGUUCCCUAGAAAGCUCACAUAUCUGCUGGAACUUUCAAAUUGAAGCAAAUUAUUAGAUAAAAGUGUACAAUUUCAUCACAUAAUGAUUUCAGUGAAGGAAUUGCUGUAAAAUUUAAUGCCAUUUGGUCCAGAAAAGACUUCUUACCAUACACAAUACAGUUCUGUGCUCAUUUGUAAUUUUAUUUUGUAGAAAUAUAGCCUGCAUUAUAUGUUCUUGUGAUUCGCCCACAAAUAUACAGUCAAUUUACUUUACAGUAUAUUCUGUG